AUGGAAGAAGUGUUUGUUAAGGGAAAACAAAAGGAUGAUGAAGAGAAAAACAUGAGCUCUCAUACUACAUCAGAUGUUAUAAUUGACUGUCAUACUAAGGAGGAGGAGAAGGAGGUGGCACCAACCAUCGUGGAAGAGGCACAGUUGAGACAGAAGACGAAGAGAGUUGCAACCUUAGAUGCUUUCAGAGGUCUUACUAUUGUGUUGAUGAUAUUGGUAGACGAUGCUGGAGGAGCAUAUUCAAGGAUUGACCAUUCACCGUGGAAUGGUUGCACUCUGGCGGACUUUGUGAUGCCAUUUUUCCUCUUCAUCGUAGGAGUUGCCAUUGCCCUCGCUUUCAAGAGAAUUGGGAGUAUAAAACAAGGAGUGAUGAAGAUAAGUUUAAGGACAAUAAAACUUGUGUUUUGGGGUCUAAUAUUGCAAGGUGGAUAUUCUCACGCUCCUGAUGAUCUUGAAUAUGGUGUUGAUAUGAAACACAUUCGAUGGUGUGGCAUUCUUCAAAGAAUAGCAUUGGUUUACUUUGUAGUAGCCAUGAUUGAAGCUUUCACCACCAUAGGAAAACCAAGAGUCGUCUUGGACCAUGGCCAUUUCUCCAUCUUCACUGCAUAUCGUUGGCAAUGGAUUGGAGGAUUUGCAGCUUUCAUUAUAUACAUAAUUACAACUUAUGCACUCUAUGUUCCAAAUUGGAGCUUCUCAGUGCUAGAGGAUGACCAACUGCUCCAUCAUUACACAGUGGUUUGUGGAGUUAGAGGCCACUUGGGCCCUGCCUGCAAUGCUGUAGGCCAUGUUGAUCGCCAAGUUUGGGGCAUUAACCAUCUCUACUCCUAUCCUGUUUGGAUUCGCCACAAGGACUGCACGUUUAGCGCACCAGACGAAGGCCCUCUUCGAGAUGAUGCUGCUAGUUGGUGUCUAGCUCCGUUCGAGCCUGAGGGCUUGUUGAGUUCCGUUUCAGCCAUUCUUUCUGGCACCAUUGGCAUCCAUUAUGGCCAUGUUCUGCUUCAUUUCAAGACUCAUUCUCAAAGGCUGAAGCAAUGGGUAUCAAUGGGUUUUGGCUUCUUUAUUAUUGGCAUCAUCCUUCAUUUCACAAACGCCAUUCCCAUAAACAAACAGCUUUACAGUCUUAGCUAUGUCUGCUUCACAGCAGGAGCAGCUGGGAUAGUUUUCUCAGGUUUCUACAUUCUGAUCGACGUUUGGGGUUUCCGAAAGCCGUUCUUAUUUCUAGAAUGGAUUGGAAUGAAUGCAAUGCUGGUGUUUGUAAUGGCAGCUCAGGGAAUAUUUGCAGCUUUUAUAAAUGGAUGGUACUACAAAGAUCCUGAAAACUCCCUGGUUCAUUGGAUUCAAAAGCAUAUAUUCAUCAAUGUUUGGCAUUCAAGAAAAUUGGGGACUCUGCUGUAUGUGAUAUUUGCUGAAAUAGCAUUCUGGGCAAUAGUAGCUGGGAUUUUGCACAAGCUUAGAUUGUAUUGGAAACUAUAAAGGAGUUGGAAAAAAAUUGAAAUAAAACUAUUGAAAAUCACUAAAUUUCUGCCAUUAAUUUUCUUUCAUGUUCUA